CCCCGGCUCUUCCCUCGCUUCAUCCCCAACCCCUUUUGGCUACAGAGAGAGCGAUCGAUCCUUCCGUCGUCGGCCACCGCUAUCCUCGCCGGCCACCGCUAUCUUGUCGCAGCGGGCCAGCGCAUUGCUCCGCUCCGCCGCUACAGCACCGUUCCGCCACAGCCGCUGCAGCACUGCUCCGCAACCGCCGCUGCCGCACUGCUCCGCCACCGCUGCUGGAGAUUUCGGCUAACAGGAUUGUAGAGAAGGCUGGAAGCUGAAGUUUUGCAACAUGUGGGGGGAUGAUUUUCAGGUGCCCACCUAGGGAGCCAAAGUAAACAGAAUUUUUGCAGGCUGAAAUGAGAUGCAACGCUUGUUGGCGAGAAUUGGAAGGACGGGCCAUUUCCACCACUUGUGGCCACCUCUUGUGCACAGAAGAUGCCAGUAAGAUCCUCAGUAAUGAUGGAGCUUGCCCUAUCUGUGAUCAAGUGCUCUCGAAAAGUCUUAUGAAACCUGUAGAUAUCAACCCAAACGAUGAAUGGAUAAACAUGGCCAUGGCUGGGAUAUCUCCACAGAUAUUGAUGAAGAGCGCAUACAGAAGCGUAAUGUUCUAUAUUGGGCAAAAGGAACUGGAAAUGCAAUUCAAAAUGAACAGAAUAGUAUCUCAGUGCAGGCAGAAAUGCGAGACAAUGCAAGAAAAGUUCACAGAAAAAUUAGAGCAGGUUCAUACUGCAUAUCAGAAAAUGGCCAAGAGGUGCCAGAUGCUGCAACAAGAGAUUGAAAACUUGUCCAAGGAUAAGCAAGAGCUCCAAGAAAAGUUCUCUGAGAAAUCUAGGCAGAAGAGAAAACUUGAUGAAAUGUACGACGAGUUGAGAAGCGAGUAUGAAUCAAUGAAGAGAUCUGCCAUCCAACCAGCAACCAAUUUCUACUCAAGGGAUGAGUCUGAUUUCUUCUCGGGUCCGCCUAACAUGAUGGAUAACAGAGAUCCUACUAGAAAAGAUUGGUCGGUUUUCACUCCUGAAACUCCAGGACCUAGAGAGGAUGUAUGGCCUUCAACCAGACAAAACAGUUCUAACUCUGGUCCCUAUGACAUCUCCGGUGGCUCACCUGUGAAACAGUCUGCAGUUCCAGUAGAUGCUGGUAUGAGAAGAGCUGCUCCUCCCCGUCCUGUUUUUGGAACUGGAGUGAGUAAUCCCUCGAUGACGUUGAGGAACCUGAUUCUUUCUCCAAUAAAGCGACCUCAGCUUUCUCGUAGCCGCCCCCCCCAAAUGUUCACGUAAGUCACCAAUUUAUUACAUUACUGUUCACCACCGGAGUCAUGAUAUGAACUUUCUGGUUUUCAGGUUGUAGACACUACACAUUCUGAUGGUUAUACUGAACAAAACAGUUCUGUGCAGCGAUAGACCGACCAGUGUCCUUGGCUCUCCAUUUCCAUGACUGGCAAAGUGUAUGGUAAUCCUGAAGCAACCACCUGAUACGUAAACCACAUUAGAUAGGAGUAUUACUAUUGAAGCUGAUAAAUUCUUGUGUACGUGAGAGUGAGAGUGGAAGCAACUAUAUCUUAUAGUUCAUGACCAUGGCACAUUCAUAGAUGUGUAAUUCUUUUUUCCCUCUUUUUUUUUUUUGGUUUGGUUUUUGGCUUCUCUUCAGUUGUCACAGGGGCUCUUUGGACAUGUCCUAAAUAGAAAAAUUAGUUCUCCUCUCAUGGUCGUCCUCCUUUUGUUCAAAGGCUGAAUCAGUAUUCUCUUUCUUUUCCUUCUUCCCUAUUGUUUUCCUUGGCUCUACCGCUCCUAGCUGCAUGGCGAAAUACAUUGCUACCAAUGCCACUACAAUCUGCAUAUAACCAUGGAGGACCAAAGCCAACCCACAUUCAAGCUGCAAGGAAGAAACAUUGAGGGUAUCCCCCCAUAGAUAUGCAAGUUUUAUUAACAUUUAUAAUUUACUUUCAAAUAAUAUUCACAUCACCAUCAUUUUACUAUGCCAUAUCUAUGAGCUUGGUUAAAUAUUUCACAUGGAUGCCUUCAGUAACAGGUGGUUGGGCAAGAAAAUGUUCAGAACUGGGGCAUUGGAAGAGAGUUCAAUGGUAUCCCCAUGCCGGACAGAAUACACAACUUGAGAACCAUCAAUGUAUAUCAUCCCCUCUUCAGAGAACCAUCCAAUGGACAUGGACUCGUCACAUCUAACGAUCCCGUGCAACAGGCUUGCAGUUGCUGCUCGUGGCAGCAUGGGCUCCCGAACCAUAUAUUGGAGAUCCUUGGACACAAUAGGCAUUGCAAAUCCACCGGCUGACAGCAUUGCAGCGGUUGAUCCAGCCGCUGUUGAGACUCUAAGACCACUCGAUUUACAGUUCACCAUAGGGGAACAUGGCUGGCCAUCUUUCCUAAUUCUGCCAACAAAAUGAGCAAUGAUUCAUCCCAAGGCAAAAACUGAUUUAACAUCGCCAGCUUCAUAUUUUUACUUCUGUAAUUUUUUUAUUUUUUUUUUUUGUGUGAUCACCUAAAUUUUGUAUUAUUUUGAUUAUAUCCCCCAAAUUGAUUUUUGAUUCAA